AUGAUUGCACCUCCAACCCAGACUUCUGCAACUUCAAUCGGGGGGGCACCGUGGCGGAUGGUUUACUGCGAUGGCAACUCCUUCUCGGGGAAUCGGGACGAGCCAGUUGUUGUGACUGGACUCGAUGGAAAAGCAAAGCCGCUGUAUUUCCGAGGCAAGCGUAUCAUCGAUGCGACGUUGCAAACGCUUCUAACGCUGGGGCUGAGCAGGGCAGAAAACGUGCUGUUGAGUGGAUGCUCUGCGGGCGGAUUGGCAACGUACUUGCACACGGAUUAUGUGUAUGAUUGGCUUCGGUCAGCAAAUGUUCCCAUGAAGAAAUUCCGUUCGGCACCAAUCAGCGGCUUCUUUCUGCUGCACAACACGGUGGAGAAGAAGCAGGUAUAUCCAGAAGAAAUGAAGUACAUUUUCAGUUUGGCGAAUUCUACCCAUGGUUUGAACGAUGCUUGCAUAUCAGAGCAGGUGGAUGAAGACAGAUGGAAAUGUAACUUUGCCGAAAUGGCCUACCAGUACACGCAAGCACCUAUUUUUCCUUUGAAUUCUGCAUUGGACUCUUGGCAAACGCAGUGUAUAUACACGGCGGAGUUAGUCCCGGGGUUCCCCAAACAGAACGUCAAGUCGAAUGGAAACUGCAGUGCCGCACCUGGGUGGGGUGCUUGCGCCACCAAUCCCGAGACAUGUAGUGCUGACGAAAUGGCAACCAUGAACCAGUACAUCAUCGACUUCCAGACUACCAUAUCUAGCAAAGGCACCUACAACAAGGUCGGGAACGGAGCUUUUAUUCACUCGUGCCAUACGCACUGCGAGGCCCUGGACGAUGUCCAGUGGAAUGCGAUCGCGAACAAAGGGCUGACCAUCCAGCAGGCUUUCUCAAAGUGGUGGAACAGUGAAUCGCAGCCAGCUGCCGCCCAUACUCACAGAUCUUGCCUCUACAACACAGUCUCGUCUCCGCACGCGUGCAAUCCGAGCUGUGGCGCUGUCGCUCACACUUCUCCGAGCAUCGUCGUGUGA